AUGUCUUCCGUGGCAGUAACCUCCCCGACAACAACAACAACACCGGCACUUGUACCUCCAUUAGACGGUUCCCUUGAUGUGCGUGGGCUGAUAGACUUUCACCUCACCAAUGUCAACCUCUCCUCUGCUUACUCCUUCGCCAACGACAACGCCUCGCUCACGGAUAUUUCGCGGUUUGAGUUUGCGCGUGCUGCACAUCGAGCAGCGCACCUCCUUUUCCGGGAAGGCGCUCGCGCUGGAGAUGUUGUGGCCAUUGUUGCCCACGCAGACGCGCUGUUGUAUCAGGCCAUCGUGGCCGGAUGCAUUGUCGCUGGUCUUGUGCCCUUCCCGAUCUCGCAAAGGAAUUCCGAAGUGGCACUGGUCCAUCUGCUGACCACUACCAACACCAGGCGUAUUCUGACGACGCACAAGUCCCUGGGUCCGCUUUUGGAGUCCAUUUCGUCCCAGGCAGCCGCGGCGGGAAUUAACGUCCAGGAAAUACCCGUUUUGGGCGAACUGUAUCCGCUCCUUGGCCGUGAAGCACCACAAGACGCGUUCAGCGCCUACCCAGCGUUGAGUAGCCGGGCCAAGGGCACUGAUGUGGCGCUCUAUCUGCAUUCAAGUGGAAGCACAGGCCUUCCAAAGCCAAUCCCGCUCCCUCACCGCACAGUGCACUCUUUUGCCGGUAUGGAUCUUUUCCGCCAAUUCGGAGAGCUCGCACCGCGCCUCGCUGUCGGGGCGCUGCCACCCUUUCACGCGAUGGGCGUUUUCUUGCAGCUCAUUGCGCCGAUUUUCUCCGGCGGAACGGCUUGCAUAUACCCGCCGGUGUCCAUGGACGAGUACCGCCCACCAAUCACUGCCACGCCCGAGAAUGCGCUCGACAACGCGCGGCGGGCGAAGGCGAAUGGCAUUAUUACGGUCCCCGCAUUUUUGCUGGAAUGGGCACAGCGGGAGGAGGAUGUGCGUAACUUGGCAGCGUUAAACAUGGUGAUGUAUUCUGGCGGGACGCUGGCCACGAAGGUCGGCGAUUACCUGGUCAGUCAGGGUGUGAAUCUAGUCCAGGUAUAUGGGGGUACAGAAUUUGCAGCUGGGAACACACUCAAAAGGACCAACGUCCUCCCGAGUGAGUGGAACUGGUUGCAAAUCAGCGAGAGCGUGAAUAUCCGCUGGAUGGCCGUUGGGGAUGGGUCGUUUGAGUGUCAAUUCCUGACUACGCCAAUCCACUUCCCGGCGAUCGAGAAUCUCCCUGACGUGCCGGGAUAUGCAACGAAAGACCUCUUUGAGCGGCAUCCAACGAAGCCACACCUGUACCGCAUUGUUGGACGGCUGGAUGACGUGCUCAUCAUGGCGAAUGGCGAGAAGACGGUUCCGGGGCCGAUGGAGGACAUCCUUACCGCCAGCCCCUUCAUUGCUGGCGCGGUAAUGUUUGGCCGCGAGCGGAACCAAAUCGGCGUCCUUGUAGAGCCGUCCCGGCCGGUUAACACACAGGACCCUGCCGCGUUAGGAGAGUUCCGGAAUCUAAUCUGGCCCGUGGUCGAGGAGGCGAAUGGCAUUGCGCCGGCCUUUGCGCGAGUGUACAAGGAGAUGAUCCUAGUCACGAGUACUGAGCAGCCGAUGAUCAGGGCGCCGAAGGGGACGGUGGUCAAGAAGGCGACAAUUGCUCUGUAUGACGCGCAGAUCACCGCACUAUACGACACGGUUGAAGCGAGCACAACAGCAGAUGUCCGGCCUCCUACCUCAUGGGCUCCAAUAGAUAUCGAGCCGUGGCUGCUUACACACACGUCCUUCCUCUCCGGUAAGACGAUGGAUAUUGGCGGCGAUCUCUUCGAGCAAGGGUUCGACUCGCUCAAUGCGACGUUUCUUCGCCACCGCAUCGUGGCGGCGCUUCGGAACUAUGGGGAGGAGACGGCUGCUGCCGCCCGGAAUAUCCCGCAGAACUUCGUGUAUGCGCAUCCGUCCAUUCCACAACUGGCACGUGCGAUUUCUGCAUUAGUUUAUGGCACGGAUAGUAGCUCUUCCGUGGAUGCGACGGAAAUGGUAGAGGCGAUGAUCACCAAAUACACACAGGAAUUUCCGCCCAGGGCCCCCCAUCAGCAGGCCAGCGAGCAUGUGGCGCUUCUAACCGGCUCGACGGGGGGACUGGGCUCACAUCUCCUCGACAUCCUCCUCCGCCAUCCCGCCGUGCGUACCGUGUAUGCAUUCAAUCGCCCGGGACGCACACUAGUUGCUGAACGGCAAGCCACAGCGUUCCGCGAGCGGGGAUUGGAUGUAGUCCUCUUGCAGGGAAAGAAGCUCGUGUUUCUGGAGGGAGACACGACUAGAGCGGACCUGGGACUGCAGCCAGAAAUGCUCGCCGUGCUGCGUUCGACGCUUACUGUGAUCAUCCACAAUGCUUGGGCGCUGGACUUUAAUAAAUCGCUCGCAAGUUUUGAACCGCACGUCUGCGGGACACGCAACCUCGUCGACCUCGCGCUGGCGACUGACGCCAAGUUCAUGUUCACGUCCUCGAUUGCGUCGGCCCAGGGGUGGGAUCGGACUAAGGGGGCGUUCCCCGAGGAGUUGCAGCUCGACGCUGGGGUGGCCGUGGGAAACGGGUAUGGGGAAAGCAAGUAUAUUUCUGAACGGAUCCUCGCCAAAUCAGGGCUGCGCGCGACGUCGUUCCGCAUUGGGCAGGUCACCGGCUCCGGAUCAACAGGCGCAUGGGCCACGACAGACUGGGUACCUGCGAUCGUCAAGUCGAGCGUCGCGCUGGGCUGCGUGCCUGUCACGGGCGAGUCCGCGGCAAGCGUCGCAUGGCUCCCGCCAGAGGCCGUCGCACAAGCCAUCGUUGAUGUCGCGCUGCUCAAGACCGAACAGCCGUUCGCGGUGAACCUCGUGCACCCGCGGCCCGUCGCGUGGGACUUCGUGUUUGGCGCCAUAAGCCAGCGACUGAAAUUGCUCAUUUUGCCGAUGGCACAGUGGCUCGCGCGUGUGGAAGAGCGCAGCCGGGAUGCAAGCGAGGGCGACAUGGAGCUGGUGCCUGCGGUUAAACUCCUCGAAUUUUUGAAGACCGCGUUCACGGGUGCGGCGGACGUUCAGUUCGCCACGGCACGGGCGGAGAGCGUGAGUCCCGCGAUGAAGGAGUUAAAGCCGCUGGAGGUGGCGGACGUGCAUCGAUGGCUGGGGUAUUGGGAAUCCAAGGACUUCCUUUAG